CCGUUUUUUAACAUGAUUAAGUUUUUAACGUGAUGUAAGAGGAAUUCUGGGAAAGAUUAAUAAACAUAAAAAUAUUAACAAACAGCUAACAAAAUGUCCAAUAGUCAUCUGUUCCUCAAAUCAGGCUUUCCACGUGCACCAUUACAAAACGGUUUAGGACGGUACGUUUGUCAAUUGCAACGCGUUACCUUAAAAUUUUGCAAACAUCAUGGCUCGAGCAGAGGAAUGCGUGCAUUUCUCGAAAAUCAUUUGGUAGAUUUUGCUAAGGAAAAUCCCGGAAUUGUAGUGUACGUAAAGCCUCGCCGUCAUCGAACUCCAGUUUUAGUGGGCGAAUAUCUUAAUGGCGAUCGUGAGUGGCUUAAUUGCCGCAAUAAUACCAAAGAUGAAAUUCUUAAAUGGAUGCAGUUAUUGAAGACACAAAAUGGUUCCUCCAGCUCUUUGCGCUUAAGGAAAAUGUGGCAUACAGAUGUGCCGUCCAUACAAGGACCAUGGACACCAUUUACGCUCAAAAGUCCUGAUACCAAUUUAACUACAUAUCCAAAUACCAAUGACUCUCAGCCGCUGGAUAUUGAAGAAUCUGCUACCGAGAAAUUAAUCGAGUUAUUUAAAAAACAAAAGCUUAAUGACCAAAGUGUAAAUUCAAUUGAUGCGAAGCAAUGUCUAAAAGAGCUUGAGUAGCCCAUGUCGUUUUUAUAUUUAAAUGAAAUUCAUAGAUUAAUGGAACUAUAAAUGAUCACAUGAGCAUAAAAGAUGGGUUAACUUC